AUGGGAAGUCUUCAGGAGAUGGAGAAGCUGCUGCACGCCAAGGACGAGAAGAUCCGAGAGCUGCAGCGGCUGGUGGAGGAGAAGGAGGAGGUCAUCCAGCAGCUGGUCAGCAAGCUGGACAAGUUCAAGUCCGUCUUGCCACAGACACAGACACCGAUGAUCACCGGACCCCGCAAGCAGCGAGCUCAGGGCAUCAGUGCCGAGCCCCAGGCCAUGAGGUCUCUGCAGGAGAUGUCGGGACAGAAGUUCCGACAGUAUGCCAAGUCCGAAAGUUCCAAAGAACUGAUUCGUCAGGCGAUUUUGGACAACGAUUUCAUGAAGAACUUGGACAUGGGGCAGAUACGCGAAAUCGUCGACUGCAUGUAUCCAGUGGAGAACCAAGCAGGCUCCAUCAUCAUCAAAGAAGGCGAUGUGGGCUCGCUCGUCUAUGUCAUGGAAGAGGGUAAAGUGGAAGUCAGCAAAGAAGGCCAAAAGCUGUGCACGAUGGGAGCAGGCAAAGUGUUUGGAGAGCUCGCCAUCUUGUACAACUGCACGAGGACCGCGACUGUCAAAGCUCUGACAAACUGUAGACUGUGGGCAAUAGACCGGCCAUGCUUCCAGAGCAUCAUGAUGCGGACAGGACUACUGCGACACUCCGAACACAUGGACUUCCUCAGAAGCGUGCCAACAUUCCAAGGUCUUCCAGAAGAAACGCUAAGUAAAAUUGCGGACGUAUUGGAAGAGGCUCAUUAUAACAACGGAGAGUACAUCAUCAGGCAAGGGGCAAGAGGAGACACUUUCUACAUCAUCGCUAAAGGAAAGGUGAAGGUAACGAAACGAAACUCCAAGACCCAGGACGAGCAGGUCAUACGAUGCUUAACGAAAGGCGAUUUUUUUGGCGAGCGAGCAUUGCAAGGAGAAGAUGUUAGGACAGCGAACAUCAUCGCCGCCGAUUCCAAGGGUGUAGACUGUCUGGUGAUUGACAGGGACUCGUACCUGCAGCUGAUCAGCACUCUUGACAACCUGAAACAAAUUUACGAAGACGAAGAAGAAGACGCCAGUGUUGACUCUGAAUACACGAAGCUGAAACGGGAUCUCAGCAUGGUCGCCACACUUGGAGUGGGAGGUUUUGGCAGAGUGGAGCUGGUGCAAGUAAACAGCGAUGCAAGCAAGACAUACGCCCUGAAGAUUCUGAAGAAACAUCACAUUGUGGAGACGAGGCAGCAAGAACACAUCAUGAACGAAAAGACGAUCAUGAUAGAAUCGCGCUGUGAUUUCAUCGUCAGGUUGUACAAGACGUUUAAAGACAGAAAAUAUCUGUACAUGCUCUUAGAGGCUUGUCUGGGAGGAGAACUCUGGACUGUUCUCAGAGACAAAGGCUCCUUCGACGACCAGACGACAAGAUUUUACACGGCCUGUGUGGUUGAAGCCUUUGUCUACCUGCAUAGUCGGGGCAUUGUCUACAGGGACCUGAAGCCAGAGAACCUACUGCUGGACAGUGCUGGCUAUGUCAAACUGGUGGACUUUGGGUUCGCCAAGAAAGUAGGCCAUGGCAGAAAGACGUGGACAUUCUGUGGAACUCCAGAGUAUGUGGCCCCUGAAAUUAUACUCAACAAAGGUCAUGACAUUUCGGCAGACUAUUGGUCACUGGGCAUCCUGAUGUUUGAAUUACUGACUGGAAGCCCUCCAUUUGCUGGGACUGACCCUAUGAAGACCUACAAUCUGAUCCUGAAGGGGAUAGACGCUGUUGAUUUUCCUCGGAAGAUAACCAAGAACGCCCAAAGCCUUAUCAAGAAACUUUGCAGAGAUAAUCCCAUGGAGAGAUUAGGAUAUGGACGUGGUGGUAUACGUGAAAUACAAAAGCAUACAUGGUUUGAGAGCUUCAACUGGGAUGGACUGCGCACAAAGACACUCAAAGCUCCAAUAAUCCCAAAUGUGAAAUCUUCUGCAGACACAUCAAAUUUUGAUGAUUAUCCAGAUGAAGAGGAAAACCCUCCUCCCGAUGAUCUUACAGGCUGGGAUAAAGACUUUUAACAACGACAGUGUCAUGUACAGGUGUACAUUACCUCAAAAAGAAACAUUAUUAAAUGUGGUUUCAGAUGUGCAUCAUAUUUCUUUUAUUUUAAUUUAAUUUUCGGUGGGGAAUGAACAUGGCGGUCACCUCUUUCAUUUCAACCUUAAUAAUCACUGAUCGUUUAUGCAGUCCACAUGCAAAACUUGAAAGCAAGAAAGGAGCAUGUUAGAAUGCAUUUAUUAUUGAAAUGAUGCUUCGAUGUGUUGUUAUUAUUUUGCAUUGUUUUCUAGUGCUAACAUAUAAAUUAAAACAUGCAAGAUAUGCGCACUUAUUUUGCAUCCACUGAUGCAGAUUUUACGUGCAAAAGAAUUUUUUUUAUGCUCAGAUGGCAGGCUUUAAGAAGUAUGUUUGUGAAAAGUAACUCCACUUGUCAUGGCAGAACUGACACAAAAUUUGUGCUUAAUACAUAAUGUACCCAGUGAUAUGGGAAAGUGAUAUGGCACUUGUACCUUAACAGCCUGAAAUGUCUGUAUAUAUUAAUCUUUUUAAGGAUGUGUUUGACAUAGCUGGUCCUGGCAUGAUCUUUUAAAGGAAUUAUUGUGUAUGUUUUCAUUUCGUUCAUUAUUUGAAGACAUUUGUUUGUUAUCCUGAAUAUUAUUUUAUCAUAAAUGUUCCAUCGCUGCAUCUAGCAUAUGUUCUCUUUCGAUAUCUUUAUAAACUAGUUGUUGACAAGAUAGCUAUGUGCAGAUUUAUGUGAGGAAAGACUUGCAAAAGGCAAAUAAAAUACCCUGUGAACAUGAUUUUUUUUUCCAUAAAAAUCAUCCACAUCUAGCACUCUAGACAUUGCAUUUUGAUGUAGCUAUCUGUUUUAAACGUGCUCUUGAUAUUUGGUUUUGUGGUUAGUUUGUAAAUAUUUAUAUCAUCCUUCUGCAACCUUUGCAGAUUCGUUACCUCAGGAAUCUUUCAUGUGCAUUCACAUGUUCUCAAAUCAUUAUUAUUGCCAUGAUGCUCAGCUUACCAUUUUCUACUUAGACUGCCACAUUCAUUUCCUGACAUUUUUUAUUCAAAUUUCCCAAACAUCAAACACAAACAAAUCAGCAUCAGCAUGCUUCUACCUUUUUUUAACACUCAGUAUUGUGCAGCAUCAGAGUUCCAAAGAGUUUGGUUCUACUUUCAAAUGAUGAAAUAAUUAACUUAUGGGAAGAAGUAUGUCUGCCCUGCAUCUACAGCAAAAGUUUGUUACUACUUUUUCUCUCGUUGAACUAUGCUUACCAUGAAUACUAUUAAAGCUGUUAGACUCCCCUAUUUAUUACACAAAUUAUUUUUUCAAAAUGUAUACAGCAGAAAAUUAUCAGGCUGUAUUCAUUUUACUUUAUGUGCCACAAUUUAUUUGUUCAUUUUUUUUUUGACAAAGCUACAAAAUUCUCUUGAGCUGCUCUUUAGUAAAAUGGAUUUUGUAAAAAUCUACAGUCUAAGACACAGACUUUAAUGUUUUUAAAAACAUAACUGUUGGGGUGGUCCCUAUGGGAUUAAUAGUUUUAAUACUGUUUUUAACUGUUUUUCAUGAACAUUUAAGAAGAAAUUCUUUUUGUAAAAAUUAUUUUUAUUUAAAUUACCAAAAUUUGGUAUGAUAGGAUAAUUAUAAGGAUAAAUAAAUAACAUUUUAAAGUACUGAAUGUUCCAUUCAUUUUUGACAAUCAAAAUCUUUACAUGACUUUUUCCUCACCGAAUAGAACCACUUUGCUCUGCUGAGUUUUAUCUUUCAUUGAUUCUGCUAGUAUACACGUCAAAAGUCUCGUCAAGUGAUAUUAUUAUUAUCACAAAAAUGAAUUUAGUUCCUAAAAUGACUCAUCAAAGAUUUGUCAGUUUAUGCAGAAGCUUACAAAGAAAAUUUCCUGAUUUGUGUUACUUUAUAAUCUUUAUUGAAGGAUAUGUUCUUUCUUCAUAGUUAGUAGAUUUGCCUACAAAUUUAGAUUAAUAAAAAAUAUCUGAUGAUGUGCUAAUGAAGUCAUAUCAAAUUUAUUGCUGAGAUUUUUUUUCCUUUGUGUUUUAUGUUUUUUGAUACAUUUGCUUAUCAAGCGAUGGCUGAUUAGAAUUUGCUUGUACGUUGCACAAAAUAAAGAGUCAAAGUUUUGUGCAAGCUGGAAAGUGAAUCAACUUAUAUUAGACAUUUAGGUGACUGGCCACAAUAGGCCAGCUGCCGAUGAGGUAAAAAAAUUUGCCUAUUGUAGACAUAUCAUUUGUUAUUGUUGCUGUAUUGUGACAGUCCUCAAGUGAUCAUGUAUAUAUGAGGGUACUGCAUGGCUGCCACUACUGACUUUGAGAUUGUAGAUAAUUGUGUUCUAAAAGUUUGUUAUAGUUGUUGAUCAUUCAAACUGUUAUGAGUUUAAUUUUGUGCAAGUUUCAAGACUGGGAAGCAUUCAUGAAUGUAGAUUUGUGUUGCAUUGAGAGUGGACUAAAAGGCAAAUAUCUAUUUUGAACAGUUUAGUUUGGGAAAAUACUUCAACAGUUAUUUUUAUUGUUAUAUGUGUUAUGAAAGUUGCCACAUCCAUCCAUUGAUCUUUGGGGGACUCCAAAUACACUUUCAUUUGUCAACAAUAUUUUUAAGGUAUACAUUAGAUCAUUCGCUUACUUUGUCACAGAAUAAUAUUUUUUCAGUUCUAUGUGGAACUUCAGAUCUUGCUUAUGAAUAGUUUAUAUUGAUCAUUGUCAUACAUAACCUGAUUUCUCAAUACUUCCCUUACAUAAGAGGAAAGCAAACCAAAAUCUUUUGGCUCAGUACCUGUUUUCUUCCUUCUAAUUUAUCACAGCUCACAACCACUGGACUGUAUUAAAAUGUCUUUUGACUAAACUGUGAAGAGAAAGGUAGCUAAUAUAUCCGUAACAGUUUUACUGAAUGGUAGUAAUUUAUAGCCAAAAAACAGUUAUGUUAGUUCUGACAGUCACUUUCAUUCUGUUUUAUCGUCAUGAGGAGUUUUAGGUAUCGGAAAUAUAUUUUAGUGAUGUGUUACCUCAUCUGGAUAUAAUACUGACAUCUAAGCCUGUAUUUUUACCUAGCUUUAGUAGAUGAUAAACAUUAUUUAGGCAUUAUAGUCUCAGUAUGAAACCAAGAAAAUUGCAUUUGUGUAACAUCACUUUUAUUUUCUCAUGUACAUUUUAGAUAAGUCUUUGAAUGUGAUUUCAUUGUGUAGUUGCUGCUGUGGUUUUAUAAGCUUUUUUAAAUAUGUGCACUACCUUGCCUUAAAAUGUUUUUUAAAAUUGAUGGGAGGGUUAUCAUUACAGACAUGAAGGAUAUAUUCUUUGAAGGUUCUGAUGUCAGAUAUCUCCUAAUAUUUAAAACAUACUAGAUCUGCAAGUAAUAUAUCCCACUGACUUUGCUAUGACAUUGGCUAUUGCUAUUCUUGUUAAAACAAAAUAAUGCUUGUGAAAAUCUAUAAUAUGUAAAAAAAAAAUGCCAGUUUAAAGAUUCGUGAACCAGUCGCUCAGAGUGCUGGAGCUGAUGAUGAAAGGGGAAGACACCAUAGAAUGGUUGAUAGGUUUUAGUCAUAUUAUCUCCCACUGCUUGCCCAGCAACACUAGGUACCUGAUUUAUUAGGAAAGUUAAAAGGUAGUGGAGCUCCAUCUUCCACAUGCCAUGGUCUGGACAAGGAAAACCACUUACAGUUAACUGCUUACAAUUACCCUUUAUGAUGUGCUAUUUUUGGCAUUUGCCAUUUUAACACCUUUGAGGCUUAUUCAUUCUCAAAUGGCCAAGUUUUGUUCAUUUUAAGAUAGUAAGUCCCAAAAUCUCUGCAGAGAACAGUUUUCCCAUUAUCAAGAUCAACACUUUUGAACAUCUAAUUCUUGCCUGCACUUAGGUCAGAACUUUAUUUUCCAUUCUAUAACACAAGUAGCUUGUUAUCUGAAAAUAAUUUAACUGACCUAAUCUUGUGUUCAUAUAUUCAUAAAAGCAUCUUCAGUGUUGUUAUAACACUGAUAGUUAAGUGACCAUUCUUCCACACAUACCGCAUGCAGCAGUAACUGGAUUGAAUUGUAAUUUGCCUGGAAGUAUGCUAUGGCUUAUGCAUAAUCAUUAAUGUUCCGCACAACGUCCGUUUCUGAAUACUGAAUGAUGUCCUGGCAAAAAGGAUUGUAUGUGAUGUUUACUUGCAAAGUGCAGUUGAGAAAAGGGUAUUCUAAACACUUAAGGUGCCUUUGUGAGAAUUUCCAUUCAUGCAGAAAAUGGAAUAUAAAAAAAAAAGAAUAGUCCAACCUGGCCUAGUCUUGUUUUUUAAUUCAAAAGAGUUUGAGGCAUGUGUAAUGCAAUGGUAUAUUACAUAUAGCAAUAAUUUAUUUUUGUAGAACUUGACCAUGUGAUUGCUCUUGUUUACCUGCUUGUGAGCACACACAUGAGCAUACUGCACACUAAAAAUGUGAAGACAUUACACGCAAGGUAAAAAAAAUGGCAUUAAACUGUUUUUUCAGUAUGAAUUUUUACUGUGUAAAUGAGCAUGCCUUUGGGUAUGUGUACAAUGUCUUUUAAGAAUUCUUUUUCCCUAGCAUGCAAAUGUUUUGCAAUCACAAUUUUAUUGGUACAAAAAUGUAUUAUGCAAGCAUGAUAUCUGCCUCUAAGAAAGAUAUAUGAACUUUA